AUGGCUGCUCCCAGGGUUUACAGCUCUCGGUGUCUCCAGUGAUUUCUUCCUAAAGCUAUUGCCCCCAAGGAUAUAACAACAUGGCGAAGAGGAUGGGAUCUCUGUGCUGUCCCAGCAACAGAAGGAAGUAGAAGUUAAGGAGAGGAAACUGAUGCAAUGAUGCCAAUACCCUGAACAUUGCCCAGGACUGAUCAGAUUUAGAAUCCACAUCAUCCCUCCACCAGCAUUGGAUGCUACACCACGGUCUCACCCAGACCAGAUUUUCCACCAAGUGCCUUAUAAUUGACAGACACUGCGCACAUGGCAGAUGUUGAGAGGGGAAACCAAAGCGACGUUACAGAAUUCAUCCUCCGCGGGUUCAGGAUCCUCUACCCAUUCCAGAUCGGUCCCUUUGUGCUGGUUCUGCUAACGUAUUUCACCACUGUGGCUGGGAACACCCUGAUCAUUGUCACCAUUCUGGUUGACCGAGGCCUUCACACCCCCAUGUAUUUCUUCCUGGGGAACUUGUCCUUCUUGGAUAUCUGGUACACGUCCAACAUCGUCCCCAAAAUGCUGCAAGGUUUCCUGGCUGAAAAGGGUGUGGUGAUCUCCUUCAGUGGCUGUGUCAUGCAGCUUUAUAUCUUUGGCUCCCAGGCAGCCACUGAGAUCCUCCUGCUAACGGUGAUGGCCUACGAUCGCUACUUGGCAAUAUGCAACCCGCUGCGUUACACGGCCCUCAUGAAUGCGAGGGUGUGCGUCGAGCUGGCUUCCUGCUCUUGGCUGGGUGGCUUCCUCUUCAACCCAGUGAUAAUGGCCUGGAUUUACAGGCUACGUUUCUGUGGCCCUAAUGAAAUCAACCAUUUCUUCUGUGACUUCAUGCCCCUGGUCAAGCUGUCAUGCAGUGACACCCACCUGAUCACCUUAGCAGCAUUCUUACUCUCCUCUACAGCCACCCUGAUCCCCUUCCUGCUAACCCUGACAUCCUACGCAUUCAUCAUCACAGCAAUAGUAAAAAACCCUUCCAGCACUGGGAGGCGGAAGGCCUUCUCCACCUGCACCUCCCACCUUAUCGUGGAUCCUCCUGCCCAGGUACCCCUGGAAAAGAAUAGGACAUAUGGCGACACAUUUCCUGAUAGGGCCAGACAUCAAGGUGGAAUGUGUCGAUGCUUCAUCUGUCCCACUGCCCCUUGUGCAGUAGAAUGCCCUGCACCUUCUCUCGUACGGGCAGACCACACCUAUUCCAAUUAGUGUUCCAGACUUCCCAUUAUAGUGGGCCCGAGAAGGUUGGGUCCCAGUUGUCUAGUACACUGGGAGGAGGGCCUAUUACAUUACUUAUAUAUGACAAUUAGUGGCUGUACCUUGUGGGUCUGUGCCCCCCUUAACCACCGCAGUAUACAUUGCAAAAUUAGCAUACUUAACAAUAGGCCAUUAGCCACAAUAAUCCCCAGUAAUAUUGUCAGCCCUGUCCAUUGUAAUAUAGUCCAGCAUCCGAGCCACCACCAGAAACACUGCUUCACCUCCUCUGACAGGGUUAAAACCCUGUUAAUGCCAUCCUGAAGCGUAUAUUUGAAAUGGCAGUUGCAGAGAUCUGUGCCUGCAGGUUUCGCAGGCUUUUGUCCAUAUCAUGAGUCCACUGACUAUUCACAGAAAAAUGAGGUAUUGUCCAAACCAGCUCGACCACUUGGUAUGGAAUUGGGUAGUAUGCACUGGUUCAGUUGUUCACAGCAAUGAGUUCCACAGAUCCAUUUGUGCACCGAAGUCCCGAUGGCAGCGUAUAAAUCUGCAUAAUUGUGCCAGAGGCUGCUGCACUUGUGUCCCCAAGUGUUGUGUACAUUCCCAAACACCCCAUGCUCCUAAUGGCCUCCAUUUGCAACAGGCCAUUAAUUCUGCCCCUCCAUGGCCAUUGAGGAGGGACACAUUCAAAUAUUGUCUCUGGACAAACAAUUACUUAACUGAAUUAUUGUCCAUUUUACACCAUUCCAUCUUCCCCAUCUAUCUCCCCGUGGCUCCCAGCGAGCUCCUCCCUUUCUCAUUAUUCCCAUAGGGCUCAUGGGGACCAUGUUAGUAGCCAUCCCGUUCCAAGGUACCACAGUAACUAUUACACAGGUGCUAGCCCCAGAGUUGAGCAUUUUGUAUCCCCAUACACACCUCCCCCUCCCAAGUUAGCCCUUUGAAGCCAUCCUCCACCCAUGUCAUGAGGUUUCCUGUCCAUUGAGUUAGCCGCAGGCUCACCUUUGCCACCCUUUUUCAUCCCCUUGCGAUUGCAGACAGCUUUUGUGCCCGUAGCUCAUUGAUUUGCUGCUGCAAUUUCACAUUUUGGCUCAUCAGUUACUUAGUUACCCAACAGUCCCUCAGACUUCAUACACCCAACCCUGUGUUUCCUGCUGCCCACAAAUCCCUUUUCCAGUGACAAUUCCAUGAAUGUCCCCUCACCCCCCAACCCCCAAUUAAAUUGUUGCUUCAACCCUUCU